AUGUCUUCGGUGGAGCGAACAUCGAAGGUCGACACCGUCGUUCUGAUCGGAGACUUCCGCCGUGGACACCACACACUUGACCUGACACCGACGGGAGAGAGAGAAAAAAGUGAAUCCCGCACUCACCCAAAUUAUGAAGCUCAAGAUCAAUCUGAUACAGAAAUAUUCCUACGCUGUCGCUCGUCUAACCGGCAGGAGCUGGAACAGGAGGGUCCAAGUCGUCGAGGUCCGGGGAUCAGGGAGGCACCGAAGGACAGGGACGGGUGGGAUCGCCGUUUGAGUUAA